AUGACUUACAAGCUAACUUUGAUUCGUCACGGAGAGAGUGAGUGGAAUAAGGAAAACAGAUUCACAGGUUGGACAGACGUUAAUCUGAGCGAACAAGGAGUUAGAGAGGCCGUUGAGGCAGGAAAAAUGCUCUUGGAUAAGGGUUUCAAGUUCGAUGUUGUAUAUACUUCUGUCUUGAAAAGAGCAAUAAUGACAACAUGGACUGUUUUGAAAGAAUUAAAUAACAUUAGUUGUCCAGUCAUUAACCACUGGAGACUGAAUGAAAGACACUAUGGUGCUCUACAAGGCCUCAAUAAAUCUGAAACUGCUUCUAAGUUUGGUGAGGACCAGGUCAAGAUAUGGAGAAGAAGCUUUGACGUUCCUCCUCCAGUCCUUGAGAAGUCUGAUCCCAGAUGGCCAGGGAAUGAGUUGAUUUAUAAGGGCAUCUGUCCACCCUGCCUGCCAACAACAGAAUGCUUAAAGGACACAGUUGAAAGAGUCAAACCAUACUUUGAAGAUGUAAUUGCUCCUUCUAUCAUGUCAGGAAAAUCUGUCUUGGUUUCUGCUCAUGGAAAUUCCCUUAGAGCUCUUCUAUACUUGUUGGAAGGAAUGACACCAGAACAAAUCCUCGAAGUUAAUAUUCCUACAGCAUGUCCACUUGUUUUGGAAUUGGAUGAUGAAUUGAAAGUAACAAACAAAUAUUAUCUGAUUAGUGAAGAAGAACUCAAGGUUAAGAUGGAGGCGGUUGCAAACCAAGGAAAGGCUAAGUAA